GCAAGAAGAACCAACCGAAGACGAGAGAAACAGGGAAACUACAGCAGUCUUGAUUGAGAACCUGCUGUACACGUGCAAUUGGCAACAACGUGAACUGUUGGCUAUGCGGCACAUCCUCAUCCGCCAUGAAGGCAACUUCAAGGCAAUGGAUCAGAACAUCACUGCCCUGCAGGCCGACACCGGCAUGCUGCAGGCUGCCGACAGCCAACAGCAGGCCAUCAACGACCGACUGCAGGACUCCGUCGAUGCCGGGAUGGCACGGCUGUCCGCGGUUGAGUCAACGGGCGGUACAGUUUCAGACAGCAGCCCAGCUUUGGCCGCUCAAGCCAAACAGCUUGAUGAUCGGAUCAACCACUUGGUCACAUCCCUCGGCGACAUCAGCAAGUUUGCUGGAGCGUCGACAAUCAGCAAUCAGCUGCAGACGCUCAGCGACCGCGUUGACGAACGACCGGCCGCUGUCGCCAAGGAAUGGAAGAUGCCGAACUUCAAGAUCGAGAAGUUCGACGACUAUCACAAGACUGAUCCGCUGCAAUGGUGGAUGGCGUUCAACGCGGAGGCCGACGUACAUCAUACUCUGCCCCUACGGCGGAUGGACGCAUUGUACCUCCAACUUAUAGGUGGGGCGCAAGCAUUCAUGACACACAUGGCGGUCACGCUCGAAUGUACCAUCGCCACCCUCCACACACAGAUCACGUGGGAGGAGUUUGAAAAGAAGUGGAAGACCCGGUUCAUGGUGAACAAUGACAAGCGUCACACCUUGAACAAGAUCUUCCACAUCUUCCAAGGCCAGCAACCUUCGCGGGAAUGGCCGACGGAGUGGCAAAGACUCGUCGCCAGCCCGGAGUUGAACCUGCCGUUCGACUCAAUCCGAGGCGAGUUCUUCGCCCGAUCUUGCGAUGCCUUGACAACUGUUCUCGGCAGCGAAUUCGAGUAUAAGAACUUUGACGACAUGAUCGCCAAAGCUAGAGAACUUAUACAACCGGCAUUUGAGGAUCUCGACCCGUUGACGGUUGAGAACUUCCAAUGGUUGCCUCUUCCCUCCACCGGUUCUUUGCCAACUCCGCAUUGCAAUGCCUUAAUGGCACAUCCACGCGAAUACUUGCACGCUGCAGUACCACCUCCGUCGAUGAACGGCGGAGUGGUGGUUGUUGAUCUUCGCAACUAUCUUGCGAAGAUCGACCGUGAGUACGCAACGCAACGGUACGUCGACAACGACGCGCCGCUCCUCUACAUCCGCAUUCGGAUCGGAAAGGCGACCUGCAGCGGCGCCAAGUACUUCUCGAAGCUUGACCUCAAGUCCGGAUAUCAUCAGAUUGAGAUCCAGCCAAGAGACCGGUACAAAACCGUGUUCAAGACGCGAUAUGGGCACUUUGAGUGGACCGUCAUGCCUUUCGGUCUCACCAAUGCCCCGACUACUUUCCAAGCGGCCAUGACGACGGAAUUCCGCAACUUGCUCGACCGCACCGUGCUCAUUUACCUCGAUGAUAUCUUGGUUUAUAGCCGGACGCUAGACGAGCACCUCGACCACCUUCGCGUCAUAUUGGAGCGGCUUCGUAUAGCCAAGUACAAGGCGAACCACGACAAGUGUGAGUUUGCCCAGCAAGAGCUGGAGUACUUAGGCCAUUACAUUACGCCGCAAGGCAUUCGUCCGCUCGCGGACAAGGUACAAGCUAUUCAAGAUUGGCCGGACCUCAAGUGUACUACCGACGUCCGCUCCUUUCUCGGCUUGGCAUCAUACUACAUGCGCUUCGUCAAAGGAUUUCAACGCAUCGCUGCACCAUUGUCGCGACUUCAGUCCCCCUUAGUGCCCUUCGAGUUCAGCGACGAGGCCCGGCAUGCGUUUCACACGCUGAAGACGACUUCGCUUCAAGCUCCCGUCUUAAGCAUCUAUGACCCGACUUUGCCCACCAAAGUGACUACGGACGCUUCCGGUUACGGCACUGGUGCGGUUUUGGAACAGCAUGACGGCACAGACUGGCAUCCGGUUGAGUACUUCAGCCAAAAGGUGCCGCCCAUCAACACUCUUGAUGAUGCGGGGAAGAAGGAACUCCUAGCUUUUGUCACUGUACUUAAGCCCACGGCGUUCCGGAAGACAUCGUCAGCGACCAACACUCUUUUCAUGUCGGCCUUUUGGACGGCACUCAUGGUGGAAUCCGGCACCAGCAUGAAACCGAGUUCCGCACGACAUCCUCAAACAGAUGGGCAAAUGGAACGUGCGCACCAGACUGCGCAGAUGAUGCUCCGCACGCUCAUCCGCCCGGAUCAGAAGGACUGGGUUGACCGCCUUCCCGACAUCGAGUUCGCCUACAACACUUCGGUGCACCCGACGAUUGGCGUGACUCCAUUAGAGUUGCACCACGGUGGACGGAAAGGACGUAUCUUCGCAGACAUUUUGCUUCCACGGGCUGCCAAUAUAGACGCCGCUUGCUGCCCCGCUUCUACACGGAAGUACAGGGAACUGCUGGCCAAAGCCCGCGCAAGCAUGCAAAAGGCUCGUAUGCAGCAGCAAGCGAACCGGCGUCGCAUCCCAUGUCCAAUUCGUGCUGGCGACCUAGUUUGGGUCGCCUCCGAGGAAUUCGCGCUCGAGCAGGACGUCUCGCGCAAGCUCCUCCCUAAGUGGCUUGGACCAUGGAUGGUCACUUCAGCAGCUGGCGACGACCCCGCGGGUCCAUCACUCAUCGUUGAGAUUCCCCCGCAUUUGACGGUCCACCCGAUCUUCCACGCUUCAAAGCUGGCGGUUUACACUCCAGCCUCCGCAGCGGAUUUCCCGGGCAGACGGUCACAAGACCCUCAUCAGGAGGUCGACCGCGUUCUCACGCAUCGCAAGCAUGGCAACAAGCCGAUGCAGUACAAUUCAAGCAAUGCGAUCCGAACGACACACGCUGGAUUUCAAGAGCUGAUCUGAAGGCGACUGCACCCCUCAUCUUCGUGCAUUACGAAAAACAGCGA